CCCGAAAUUAGGUAAAAGUUAGCAGCGCUACUACGUAUAAAUGACUACGCAUAUAACGUCAGGUGUUUCCGACGCGCCGGGCUAGAAAGCAGGAUUUCGUUAAGCUGAAUCUUGACGACGUCAAACGUGCGACGAUAGCAAAAGUAUUUCACUGGAAUUCAAACGUGCCUCCUUUACACGUAGUUCUUCCAAGCAGCUAUAACGCAAGAGUGGUCCUGCAGGUACACUUCUUAUGGAGAAAUUGUCUGUAGGAAGCAGCUCACACAAACAGAGGCGAAUAUGAGGAGCCAGGAGACAUCACAGAAUACUGUCCUACACACGGUGAAGCAGCUUGUCACGCAAUAUAAUCAGACAAAGGCCAACAACUUACAGAGGGCAAAAUAUCGUAAUCUCUCUCGGUGCAUCGGAGGCUGCCCAAUCAUUGAUCAAGCCAAGCACCCUCGUGAAUACAAUGAGUACAGGAGGCUAGCACACUACUUCGGCGAGUUAUUACAACGUGCAAUAUUUGAGAGCUCACAGCAAGUCGUUGAUGAAACAAAUAAGGCUCCGCGAAUUCCUGAACAAUAUUCAACUGGCAGGCAAAGCGACAACAGCCAUAUACCCGGCGAACAUGCUGCCACCUUGCUGCGACAUCAAUUUUUGCCCUCAUAUGAAAGUCUGCUGGAGAAGAAAUUAUGGUUUCAAAAGAGCACUAACAGAAUGCAAAUGCAGUGCACCCAACAAAUAUUGAAGACAAUGGCUCCGUACAUGCUCCACCGUCUCGCUCAGUGUACCGGAAGAGAGGAAGUUAAUGCAGCCGCACUAAAAGCUAAAAUCACUCAGCACCAUGAGCACCAACAACCUGUUCAGGACGAAGAAGGCACUUCGCACUGGCCGCCUAAUGUAGCCUUGGAGUGGGAACAUAUCCCAACUCAGGAUGAACUAUUAAAUAUAAAUGCAGCUAUGAAAGAGACAGGCAAAGCCACUUUUGAAAAAAAAAGACAGCAGCGCUACAAACCUAAUUUCCUACAUACAAGACCCCAGCAAGAGGCUAUAGUAAAAAUAAUAGCAAAUAUUAUUAUUAGUUACAUUCGCAAGCGACCCAACGCUGAAGAAAUUGACGCGCGAAAGAUGCCUGCAGCUCAAAUCGAAUACCAGAGCAAGUCAAAAGUCGGCGCUCAAUCGGAACCGGAAGCGAGAAGUCACAGGGUGGCACCCACACCGUAUCAGACGCAGCACAAGUUUUCAGCUCUGCGAGAGUCCAGCGAAAAAUCCGGCGAUUCGUUGCCCACAUUUGAUAUGCCAAUGCUAACAAGAGAUACUGAAGAAAUACGUAAGCUAGAGGCAGCAACGAAAAGUGAAAUUGCUGAUGCAAAUGUUGUACCGGCACUUAAGCCCUUUCAUCAGCCAUUCAGAGAAUCUUCUCACGUUGUGUAUAACCGCGAGCCAGCGCUGAAUCAUCAACGCGUUUGGCAGGAAGGACUACUAAAUUGGACGCCCAAACAUGACGUGAUGCGUCAUUAUGGCACCAACGCUCAAAAUAAGGCACAGUUGCGCAGUAUGAAUAGUACAGCGGCAAAUCAGUCUGCGCAACGCUUUGUUAAACAGACUGUGCAAGCCAACUCGCAAUACAGGCAUCAGCAAAGAACAGAUAUUGGGCGUAAAAAGUUUUCGCUUUUUCCAGUGCAUGCAAAAUCUGGUGGGGAAACCUUAGGAGGUUUUCUUCCGUCUCCUCACCGGCAGCACAAACACAAACCUAAUGACUCAAAAGCAGCAAAGCAGCAGUUCGGCAAAAAUUUGUUUUUGAAUAUUCCAAAAGAAGAAAGACAUGAACGUGUAACAAUGGAGCGCCAAGAGAAUUCAGUAGAACUGUCGGAGAAGAAGAACAUGCAAGAAAAUAGGAUUACUGCCUCACAGGGCGCAAAAGGGACGCGAUCAGGUUUGGCGAAGGAAGGGAGAGAAGUAACCCGUAACAAGCAGUCGAAGCGCCUACGGUUUCAGAAGCUGACUAUAGGGAACCCACAUAAUGCCCACUCCAAAACAAUUUUUAGGCCACAACCUAGGUUGGUUUUGCGCCUGUCACCGAAUGAAGGUAUUUUUCAUAACGCACCAAGAGCUGUGGAAGCAGAUUUCCAGGACUACAGCAAAGUCUACUUAAGACCAUUUGCACAGCGAAGAACUGUUCCUAUUUCAAUCGCGGGACCAAGCCCGGCCAACGAGAAACAAUUUACUUGGCAGGUUACACAAAAUGUGAUUUUCACUCAUUCACCGCAGAAGGUUGGUGAUCACAACUAUCGACCACUCGCAGCAACCGACAAGCAAAAUAAAUUAGCUUUUAUACACCCAACAGCCCCUUUCGUACACCUAACGCAGCGGCCAACCAAUGUGGAGAGACAAGCAUCAAAACAAAAGGCGAUAGUUCAGAAAAAUCGUACGCAACAAAAGCAAGCAACUUUUAUAAAUGAAAGCCGACAUGCAGUGUCUCAGCAAAAGCCAAUGCCAUUUGCUGGAACCACAAAGUGACAACACACACUUUUUAACAGUUGGAUGAACUCUGUAGGGCAUCCUCAAUCUUAGACUUCUCAACCAAGUUUUAAUCUAAGAGCGCCUAAUGUGCAGCAGUCUACAUUGCUCCACAAAGAAAGAUUCGUAUCAUGAAACACAGUCACCAUUCAAUAACAGUCAACCAUUCAAUAAGCAGCGGCCACCUGACAUCGCACAAGUUAGGGGUCAGCGUACGCCAAUUCUGAACCAAGAAAGUAAUUCUGCGAUAAAUGGUUUCAAAAAAGCAACGGUUUCAAAAACCACCGCGGGGAUCGAUGCAGCGUAAGUCAGGUUUAGGCUAUGAAGCAUCCUAAGUUGUUCAUCUUAUAUAUAUUCACAAAGGCGGAAGUUUGUGUGGACCAGCUGAUAACUAAGCACGAUCCAUCACCAGUGGAAUAAUCAACUGUAGGUUUUAACGGCCUAAGGUUUUUGUGACCAGCAAGCCAUUAGAACACGUCAAAACAACAAAACCAGUACAGGUCCGCAAGCCAACGUUUCAGGAACGAGAUAAAUAUCGAUUAAGUAGAUUCUAGCAACCGAAGACUGCGUUAAGUUUCACUGCUGUCCACAAGAAAAAGAAAUCGGACCAACGCACACGGGCUCUGAAUUCACAAAUGGAACUUGUGAACCACCAGUCUGCACCGGAAUUUGUCCUUCGAAGACAAGCACCUCGUCAGCAAGCUAGGAAGUAACAGCGACUUUUCUGAGAUAAACAAAAUAGAUGGCCAAAUAAAGGACAAACCCAUAUCACGCAGUUGAGUUUGGUCUGGACGGAGAAAAUCACUUCACCAUAAUUGCAAAUGUCCUGUAUGCUACGCAGCACCAGAAGUACAGAAUUUUGGGGAAACUGAAACCGUAACUAGCAGCAAGAACGAAUAUUUCAGUGUCGUAGGGAACAAUGGUAACUAUCGGUUAGUGUGUGACGAUGCACAAAACGAAGAUAGCAUAAAAGAGAGAAGUGAGCUGACAAGAAAAUUCAGGGGUAGGAUAUGAGGCUGUAAAAAUGACAACAGUUGUCGAACAAGAAAUGCCUCUGGUUCAAGUCACCGAAACUUUGGCUUAAGGCUGAGACAUCUUUUGUUCGACCAUUGUUGAACCCUUCAGAUCUCCAUCUUCCUUAGAACUGCUUUUUCAGCUGAACAAAGCAGUUAAUAUGCCUGAGCAGUCCGCCAAGCCAGGCAUCUACCAAUCAUGUCAGCAUAGUUAUUA